GUAUAAUACGCAUGCGUCCACCAGAGCUUGGCUUUGUGACGAAACACAGCUGCACACACGCACGUACAAUCCACUCCGCGUAAGACGUGUUUCAAAAUCUCUCUACUGUUCACUUUUCUACUUUAAAAAAAGUCCUUUCGCAAAACGAGUUUCCUCUUCUUCUUUUCGCCACGUUUUGCCCUACGUGCUUCUCAGGAAGUUCACCUCUGUCUUUUUCUUCCUUCUCUCCCUCCUUCUUUUCUGCAACAUUAUCGGGAGAAUCGUUUCUUGUUGGUGGUGGUGUUGUCGUCGUUGUUUCAGCGAGUUGAACACGCUAGUGUUUCUUCUUCGUUUUUUUUUCUCUUCUUUUCGGUUGUUUUGAACUGCUUUGCUUGCGUUAAACCAAAGGAGGAUCCGCAGAAGGGGGUGUACAACACCUCCUUUGUUUAACUUCUUUGCCUUUGUCUUUGUUUUGUUGGUUCAGUCUCUGUCUUCGUUUUGAUUUAUCAGCGAUACUUUUUGUGGUUGUGGUUUGUCCUCCUUCAGCUUAUCUUUCUUUCCAUCACCUGAUCGCACCUUCUUUUCUGUUCUUCGCGCUUUUCCCUCCUUUCUGUUGUUUACGCUCCACUUAUUUCUCCAUUUUUUUGUUCUUUGCUGACUCACCAAACUGACGUCAGUACUCCGCUUUUUCGAAGCCUUUCCUUUCGUGUGUGUGCGUGUGUAUCUUCCUUCUUCUCUAGACGAGUAGGGAAAGCAGAACUCUUGUCCAAAGGGUUUCAGAAAUACCUUUUUGAAUAGCAGUUCUGUGCUUUCUCCUUCGCAUUCAUACCGACACCCACGAAGGGCAAAAGACCGCUUCACACACCGGGAACCCAUUGUGUGUGGCGUCUCUGCGUUUAUUUUUUUUUCGUUGUGCCUUGUCCUCUCCACAACAGCGCGGAUUGAAACACAACGUAGCGUGCGUAGUAGUAGCCGAUACCGUACUCGGACCUGUAUGUGAGCCACUGAUACGUACACUGGCCAGAUCAUUUUUUUGCGCGUGUUCGUUGAAACUUCCUCUUCUCUUUUCGUUGUGGUUUAUAGCCAGCGCAAACCUUGCCCUGCUCAUCCUGUUGUCCUCUCUCUCCCUUCUCCUCUCUCCCAUAUUUUCUUCUUACUGUAGCUCAGCAAGUGAAGUUGAGUUCCCACGCUGAUGUUGUUGUUUCUGCUGCACGCUCUCUAGACAUAAAAAAAAAAUAAAGAGACCUUUUCUUCUGAUCGCACAGAAGCUCGUGUGUGCGUUUUGUAUUUUAUCUCUCUGCCCGCCAUUGCCUUUCUGCGAUUCAGCUCGAUCUCCUCCCUCCCCUUCUCUCUCUUCGCCUCUUUCACGUAUUGGCCGACGGGCUCCUGUGUGGGGGCGGUCGAGUUGCUUCGGGUACGAUAUUCACGCACCAGCGGAUCAUACUUACUUCUGUUCGUUUGACAUAUUUUUGGUGUUGUCUGUUUGUGUGUUGUCUCUGCUUUCACACAUCGGUGGUUGUCUUUCUCCGGCACGGAGACGGCAAGCGAGUGCGCCAGACUGUGGUGACGACGGUGUAAUAGCGCGAAGCGGAAAAAGAAGAUAAUAGAAGUCAAGAGACUAGUCGGAUUUUUUUUCCAUUUCUCUUUUCUCUUUUAUAGUUCGCUUUCGCCUCCCUUACUCUAAGGUAUCCAAGAAGGAAAGCAGGAGGCUCCUCGAGAGGGCGCAAGGGAGAACACUUCCCCCCCCCCCCAACACGUGUUGACGCACAUCAGGCGAAACUCUUUCAACUGCUACAUGAAAUUAAACGCCUCUUUUUAUUAUUAUUUUACACAGAUUUAAUAGCCAGCACCUUUAAAAAAAAAAACCUGUUCCCUUUAUUGGAGGCGGUGCUCCUUGAGCUAGAGAAUUCGACUGCAAACUUGCUGUAGGCAACGUUUGCUUUGUUUGUAUUGUGGGAGAAUCGGCAUCGGUUUCCUUUUCACUAUUAUUUUUCCUCUUAUCUCUUUUUGACGUAAUCACCUGUUUCCACGGCGACAAAAGCAAAAGCAAGCAAAGCACAAUACUUGUCUCCUCACCUGCAACUCCCGCCCGCCGUGUUUGCGGUGUCGUUUAUUUCCUUUUCUCGGCGUCUCGUUUAACGCCUUCAGAACACGCAACAUCCACAACCAGCAACAACCGACAAGGCCGUACACUCUUUUUUUCCUUUCGAACCUUUUGAGUUAGCAUUUGUAUUUUCUCCUCUUCACUGUGUUGGGUGUGUGUGCGUGUGUGUGUCGGUUUGCUGACUUUCUCUCUCUCCUAUUUCUUCUACGCUUUUCCUGUUGUUCUCUUUCUCUAAUUGCUACGCUCGUGUUGUUGCUUCAGCUGCCCGCCUCCUUCUUGUCUCUUCUUCCUCUUCUUUUCUGUUGUGUGUCGUGUCUUCUGUCAGCCACUCACAGCUUAUCAAAAGUUACACAAUACCUGCCUCACCUGAGGUUGCCAUCUGUUUUCUGUGAGAGUGUGUGUGUGCGUGUGUUUGAAAGAGAAGAGGAGAAAACGCACACCUCUAACGCAUUUGGGUUUUUUCUUUCGCCCUACGCGCUGUCUUUUACGCCUUCCCCCGCACGGUGUUUUUUGGGCAACGAAGAGGCAAGACCUUUUUUCCUUUCUUUCUUGUUUACCAUUAUUAUUAUUUUGGUUGUCACCGUAUAGUGAUCUCUUGCUUAUCUAGAUAUCUAUCUAUCUAUAAUCCAUAAAUAUUCCCCUGAUAGCGCUAACUCCUUUCUUACUGUAUUUUCUCUUCUUGUUUUUUGCGUUAAUAAAUCCUUCCUCCUUCCUCCUCCUCCCCCCCCCUCCUCUUCCUUCUGUCUCCUUUCACGUGAGCGCUGCGUCGAAUCGGCCUGAAGCGUUUGUUUGUGUGUGUGUGUGUGUGUGCGGUUGCGGAUUCGCUCUCCCACGCAAUUUUUUUCUUUACUUUUUUUGCUCAUCUCUGCCUUGCUCCCUAUUUCUCUCUUACAGUGUUUAUUAGUAUUAUAUUUGUUAUUACUCGUGUAGGUAUCCGAGACCGUUUCAAUUAGUGGUUACUUUCGUCUUCUCCUUGUCUCUCAUACCGUCCAUUUUUUUCCGGUGAGGCUCCGCAACGGUCUUUUGCGUGUGUGGUGACGGCGCCUGCGUCGUUGUUGCUGUGUUUUAUUAUCAUUAUUAUUAUUGUUUUCGCUGUUGUUCUCUCCCUCUCCGCCUUUCUUCCUCGUUCUAUUGCACCCCCCUCCCUCCCCCUUCCUCGCUCAGCAGCAUAGGCCGCGUGUGUGUGCCCUGAGAGUUCGUACCGCAAUACGAGUAAAAGAGAGAAGAAAACAAAAACAGUCAAGAAGUGUCUGUGUGUGUGUGUGUGGUCGUCGUUCUUCACCUCACCUGCUAUCCGCAGCAACACGAGAGAACAGGGAAAUUGAAAAGCAUCUAUAUAAAUACAUAUAUACAGAUAACAACAGUACGUUCUGAGCAAAAGGUGGUGUACGACGGUACAUUCGAUCUUAUUAUUAUUAUUAUUUCCUGCAAAUAAAAAGAAGGAAAAUGGGAGCUGUACCCUCUCGCGAGUCCACCUCGCUCUUCUCGUACUUCCGUGGAAGCUACGAGGUGGGGAUGGUGCCUCUUACGAAGUACUAUUUUGGUAGCGACGCCACAGCGGAGGGGGCGGCGGACGGCACAACCGGCACGUACUCGUCCACGUCGCCUUCCCCGACCGCCGCAGCGCGAGAUCGGCUGCGCCAUCAGCUUCGUCAGCAGCUUCUUCUCAUGCGUCGCGAUCCGGCGGUGCUCUACGCGAAUGGGCGGGCCGUGGACAACAUCAUGGACAGCCUCCUCCGCAGGGACGCUGACAAGGAAAACUCGGCGUCGGAGGGGAGGAGUAAGCCGUCCACCGCCACGUCGUCGACGCAUGAACAAGCGGCGAGUGCCUCGCCUAACCACUCCGGCAGUCACGCCGCCGGUUUUGAGAAGGCGAAACGAACGUUGAACAGCGCCGCAUCACCUGUGACACCGUCUUCUGCUACUACGACGACGACGACGACGGCCACGGUGGCCGACGAUGAAGAAAUGAAAGGGCCGAGGAGAGACAGCAGAACUGCAUUGCACGAGGAGGAGCUGCUCCGGCGCGAGUACUGGAGUGUGAUGCCGCACGAUAACUUCUCCGAGGACGACCUCGACCGCUUCUUGGCGCUCGUCGAGGAAACCCUCUUCGACACGAACGACGACCUCCUGGCGGCGGACCCGAUCAGCGAUGCCCACCGCGGCGGUGGUGAUGGUGGCGUGGGGGAGUCGACCCCGUCGUCCACCGCUGCCGGAGCUAAAGCGGGGCGCGGCGGGGACGCACGGCGUCCUUUUCUCCCUGUGCCGUGUGCGUUGUGUCUCGCCUACCCGGACAGCAAAGAGCGCGACGGUGCCUUCUCACUGGAGGGUCGGGUCGUGAACAUCAUCGGUUAUUUUGGUCUUAUGACCCCCGCCAUGCAGGACGCGUUUAAAGUCGUGAAGCGCACCACCACCCCCGCGGAGGCGGCGCUGGACGAGGAGCUGAAGAAGAAGAACGCGGCGGAGGGCGCUAAGGAAACGAGGUCGACCAUGUAUUUGAAUACCGCCAUCCUCACCUCGGCGGGGGACCGCACGCUGGAGCGCGUCCUUGUACUCGCCGCCGUCAUGCUGCGUCAACAAUUUCACACCGUCGGUCGCCGCCACCUCCUACAGGCGAGACUCGAUCAGCUUGUGCGCCGGCAGCAGCAGCAAGAACAGCCCAUGUCUGACGUGGACACACAGAUGAUGUACUACCUGCAGGGCGUCCUGGCCAUCCCGCACACGAGCAGCACUGUGUUGGGUGCCCAAGCAGUGUCAGCGGACGGCGUGCAGCUGCCGUACUUCGAUCCCCUGCUCGAAGUCCCCCUCCCGGCGAUCCCGCGUGGGAUUUACAAGCCGACACACUACAUCAACGCCGCUUCGAACGAGCCGCCGCGGCGGCCGUCCUCGAUCAAUAGCCUCGGCCGCGCCUCGCACAACGGGUCUACCGCGGAGCACAGCUUUGUGGCGAGUGCCUCGGCAUCGGCCAACGCGGUGGCGGCUGCGGCCUGCUGUGGCACCUCGCCGUCGCUCCUGCGCUCGCCGCUGCACGACCCCGCCUCCUCCUUUGGCAGCGGUCAGCACGUUCUUUUAUACCCGCAAGGUGGGUUGAUGCUGAACGGCGUUCCGACAACGCCAUCCGCGGUAAUGAUCCCUGACUCGCUGCCAGGCUCUGCCGGGAGCCCGCCGCUGCUGCUGCCCGGUUCGAUAGCCGGCUCACAGGGCGGCCUCCCCGGCAGCUUACCGAGCGGUCUUCCACCUCCCGCGACACAGCAGCAGCAGCAGCAGCAGCAGCAGAUGUUGUCGUCGUCGUUCCCUGCCUCCCUCCCACUGGACCAAACCGAUGAGGACGCCAUCACCGUUGCCUUCUGCCGCCGCAUGGAGAAAAUUGUGGUUCUGAUUGAAACCGCCAGCAACAACUACUCCGCCUUGAAAUCGCUGACGGAGAACUUUGCGUUCUUGCACUGCCAGAUCGUACUGGACCAGCGCCUGACGAAGAUGGAGCUGAUAGACCUGCCCGGCCUGGCCGAGACGCCGUCCUUUAAGCCAAUGCUGUUCGCCACGACCCCUGUGACAACGCUCAAGGCGCACAACGAGGCUGGCAAGGCGGAGCGCGUGCCGAAGAGCGCCACGGCCACCUCCACCACCUCAGACAGCACCGCGGACUCGUCCACACUUCCCCACGACCGCGGCAACGAGGCGCCCGACCGCACAAGUCUCGCGCGCUACCCCCUCUCCCCCAACUCUGCCGUGCUGAUCACAUUGGACCCUGCGCUGGUGCGGCAGGCAACGAUGUGGGCCAGCUCCUUCUUCCACUGCCCGACGUGCCUCCCCACCGGCAGCUGGGUGAAAUACAAGCUGAAGGACGAGUGUGAUCAACUGCGGCACGUGCUGCAGAACAAGGAUAUGCUGAUCGCACACUGGCGCAAGAUGGACGCCGACGGCGCCUCGCGCUACCUCGGCGUGCACACUGGCCGUCUGCUUGAGCACGUGCGGGCGCUGCAGGCGGAGACGGAGGAGGCGCGCGCCCUGCCGGCCGAGUACUGGACCCACCGUCCACUCUUUGUGAACCAAGAUGGACGCAAGUACGCGUUGUUCCAGAGCCGCUACGGCACCAUGCUGAUCGGCGUGCGGGCCGUCUCCUCGAACGCUGCGUCGACCACCACCCUCACGCCGGCGGAGCGCGCGUCGGUGCUGGCAGGCGGCGGUGGCGGUGGAGGUGGAGGGACCAAAGCCAGGCAGGGCAACACGUCGAUGUCCAGUAUGCACCACAGCGCCGGCAACAUCGGCGGCUACGGCAACGUACUCAAUCAACGCCUCAACAACGCAAGCAAUCAACCGUACAUCACCGGCCGCCUCGACAAAAGCGGCUUUCAGCAAGGCAACAGCAGCAACACAUAUUAUGCAGGCAAUGGCGGUGGUGGGAGGGACAAUGGCUUCGACGGUAACGCGGUGUUUCGAGGUGGGGCACGCAUGCAGAGCAAUCCAGUUGCACCGCCUUUCUUCAUGGCCAACAACGGUACCUUCUUGCCGUACAUGGUACCCCCACCCGACGCCGCGCUCGCCGGCAACAUCGGCGCCUACGCUGCCGGUGCCAUCCCACUUAUCGUGCCGCAGGGAGCCUACAACGACAGCGACGUUGGUGCGGACGCGCCGCCUUACUACGUCCAGGGUCAGAUGGUCGGCACCGGCAGAGUAGGUAGCAGUAACCACAGCAGCAACAGCUACGUCGGCAAGCCGAGCAUGGCCGUCUCCUACGUGCCGUCCUCGUCGUUGAAUGAGCUACCAUCUGGGAUCGUCUACCGCGGCCCUCCACCUCCACCUCCACCGCCACCGCCACCGCCGCCGCACCCACACAUGAAUCUCAGCAGCAACAGCAACGUCUGCGGCAGUAGUGCCCCUCUGAUGAUGUCGGCAGGCGCGCCUCAGUACUUCGACCCGAGCCGGGUGGUCCUGUCGGGCUCCAUGAACAGCAGCAACAGCGUUAACGGCAAAGGUGCAGCGUGGGUCUCAGGUGUGGAGGGCGCCAACGUGCUGCACCUCGUCCCUCAGCCCAGCAUGUUUGGCGCGAGCCACGCACCGUCGUUCGUGGGGCCGCAGCCGAACAGAUCGGCAGCUUCGGGCGAAAGCGCUGCCGCAGCAGCAGCAGCAGCAUCCGCCAAGUCGCAAUUGUCGGUGAACGCAUCUUUAUGGCAGAGCGCCACUGCUGCUUCUCUUCCCUCCAUGGCCGCCGUCGCCGCCUCGCCGCAGAUCAACGGCAACACCAGCAACAACAGCUCUACGGCCGUCUUCAACCCUCCUCUGCCGGAUCAACUACGUGGGUUGGAUCAGCAUGGCGGUCCGCAGCACGUGACGGGUGUGGCGCCGGCCUCCACCGCGUCCCUUCUCGGCCCGGCGCUCACCAUCACGAGCGCGAACGACUUCGCUAGCCGCAGUGGAACGCUGGCGCAGAGCGCUCCGCUCAAGACCUCUUCCGCCAGCGGACCAGUCGCGUACAGCUACAACGGCCUGCACAACCCACCACAUCCGCAGCACAGCACAGCCAACGAGAGCCACAACAGCGAUGCACCGGCCAUGACACAGCUCUUCUCGACGCACUCCAUCUGGGGGCCCGACCACCCGUCGCAAGGGGUUGUAAGUGGCAGAGAUGGUCGAUGCGGUACGGCAGCUGCUGCCGCCAAACGACCCACGUCGGCCGCCUCGCUGUCCCCACACACAGCGGACAACCUUGGGGCGGCGGGUGACUCCCUCACGCAGCUCGGUCGCGGGGGCCCACGGUCGCUGACGGAGCAGAAGCUGUCGGUCUCUGCGCCAACAACCGGCGCCACGGCGAAUGCGCCGCUGCUAAAGCGAAGAGCGACAAUACCGCAGGAGGACCCGGCAGACGCGCAGCGGGCACCCCCAUCGCCGCUGCACUGGGCGCUACAGCCCGGCGUGGAGUGGGCCAGCACGGACCGCGUGGCCGGCACGACCCCGCAUUACUUACUACGCGGCACGGAUAUGCUCGACGCAGACGAUGACGACAACAGCAGCAGCGGCGAUGGCGAGACGCACCGGCGGAGCAUCGAUGGCGGCGUCAAAGCCGCUGCCGUCCCCGUCACCGUCGCCUCGCGUUUCACCGUUGAAAAGAUGAUGACUUCACACCCGCUGACGGGCGCGCGGGGAGUCGUGACGCACACUGCGGACACGGAGAACAGGCGCGCGUCGCAGCCAAUGAACUCAUCCUGCACGCUUCUCGACAGCAACAACGUCGCGACCACUGCGGGAUCCCUGCCCGAACAGGCACCUGCCUUCUCGGGAACCUCCGCCAAUGCAAUGUACGUGCCCGUGGAUCCUCGUAUUCCCACCCCACCCCAGCGCCUCCCUACGGGUGUGGCGUACUCGCCGUACCCAACGGAGGCCCAGCAGGCGAACCCACCGCAUUCUCCUCCGUUCUCCCUCCAACAGCAACAGCAGCAGCAGCUGGUCGGAUCUCCCUCUCCGCGUUCCGCCUCGGCGCACCCGUCCAUGGUGCCCGUCGCGCCUGGAAAGGUUCUCUACUACACCGUGGCGAACGGUGUGCCGAUGCUGGUGCAGCCUCCCACGGUGCCAGGCGGUGUAGCCAUGGCCUUUCCGCUUUCCGGGCCCGUCACACACGGUGACCCGGCCGUGCAGCCUUGCUCUACUACUCUGCCCUCCCAGCAGCAGCAGCAGCAGGGGCAGUCCCAGCCAGCUGCCACUGCUCCUGGUUUCACGGCGCAGUUAGGUGGCGUGCCGACGAUGCCGCAGAGCGCCCUGUUCCUUUCAUCGAAUGCCACCUCAUCCCAUCACCGGGGCCUGCAUAAUCCGCCGCCGAGGAAAGGCAGUCUGACACCGCACGCUGGCGGGGCCGCGUUUUGA